CAUACGUUACAUUACAUUACACACAGCUUUAUAUUUAUUUAUUUUGGACUGGUUUGCGCAUGCGAAGAGACAAGCUGAGGCCACUUUCUUAAACAGAUGACAGCGCUCUCAAUGCGCACAGCAGGAUAGCCUAUGCGCGUUUUUACAUAAACAAGACAUCUGAACCUGAUAAUACAGAUUUCUUGUUUUGUUUUUUUCUUCUCCUCCACGUCUCUCCCGCGGCCACGUUUCACGCAACAGGCUGCAACACCGAUGUAAAGUCUUCCCUGAGGAACAGUAGCCUACCACCUGUAACUGUGCUUAUCUGCUCCCGACUUUCACGCCGACAGCGAGGAUGAAGAAGCAAAACGUCCGGACCCUGUCGCUCAUCCUCUGCAUGUUCUCCUACUUGCUGGUCGGCGCCGCGGUGUUUGACGCGCUGGAGUCCGAGUCGGAGCACUCACGCAGACGCGUCUUGGAGCAGAAGCGCAACGAAAUGAAGAAGAAGUAUCGCUUCUCCGAGGACGACUACCGCGAAAUCGAGCGAGUGGUGCUGCAAGCUGAGCCCCAUCGUGCCGGGAGACAGUGGAAAUUUGCUGGCUCUUUUUACUUUGCCAUAACAGUCAUCACCACCAUUGGUUAUGGACAUGCAGCACCAGGCACAGACGCAGGAAAGGUCUUCUGCAUGUUCUACGCUUUACUGGGAAUUCCUCUCACUUUGGUUAUGUUUCAAAGUCUCGGAGAAAGGAUGAACACUUUUGUCCACUAUCUCCUACAUAAGUUGAAGCAGUGCCUGGGAUGUCGAUGCACAGAGGUGUCUAUGGAGAACAUGGUCCUGGUGGGCUUCCUGUCCUGCAUUGGAACACUGUGUGUUGGGGCUGCAGCCUUCUCCCAUUUUGAGGGAUGGAGCUUCUUCCACGCUUACUACUACUGCUUUAUCACACUCACCACUAUUGGCUUUGGGGACUUUGUGGCCUUACAGAAAAAGGAGGACCUCCAGGAGAAAACACCCUACGUGGCAUUCAGCUUCAUGUACAUCCUGGUGGGGCUAACAGUUAUAGGGGCCUUCCUGAACUUGGUGGUGCUUCGCUUCCUUACCAUGAACACUGAGGAUGAGCGGAGAGAUGCUCAAGAGAGGGCAUCGCUGAAGAGGGACAGAGGCCUGCUGGAUGGGUCUCUGGGUCUCCAUGUUGUAGAGGAGCAAAGCAGAGGCAGCCACAGAGAGAGGAACAGGAGCAAUGCGGUGCACAGUCGUAGCCACAGCACACUCUUGCUUCCGAUGGAGGAAGGAACCAGCCGCACCAACCUUAUUGCUUCCCCAGCGGAGGAACAACUGAGACAAAGAAGCCUCUGCAGACACAGGCUACAUUUUCAGAUCAAGGCAGACAGACGCAGGCCGGAAUCAAGCCUCAGCUCCCUCUGCUCAUGUGUCUGCUACCGUUUGGGGAUUUGUGAAAGUCCUAUUAUGGCUCACCGUGAACAGCACGGCUGCCAAGUCAAUUCUGUUUACUACAACUCAGUCUCUUAUAGGAUCCAGGGCUGCUCGCCAGGUUCCAGGGACAACACUGGACUCUCUUCCCCAGGAAGCACGCUCUCACCUGGGAACAGCUUCCGUGAGUUCCCUCGUUCAAGGAGAAAGUCGGUCUAAAGAGCACUAUAGUGAAAGAGUGUUUGCACAGACUGUAAACAGUAUUUUCAAUGACACAUAUGUAUUUUGUGUUUACACCUUAAGCAUGUCAGAAGACACUGAGUCUGUCAAACAAAUAAGUUGUCUGUUGUGCCUAUUUAAGAUUUGAAUUUGUUAAGGAUGAGAUUUCUUAUCCUCUUUUUACCAUGACAUAUUUAUGUUAGUGAUUCUGCUGUGUUCCUUGCAUGUAUCGAAAGUUCAGUGCAUGCCGAAGAGAAUGUACAGCACACAAUGUGAAUGCAUGAGUGCUAUGUACAGAUGUCAACAGUUGGGCUUUUAAUUAUUUAUUAAAUUAAACGUUAAAAAAUGUAGGACAUAGUGCUGAUAAAUGACUGUAUAACUGUUUAGUGAAGGUAUAUGAAUGAUCCUUAGUGGACCCUGUUCUUCCUGCUUCAGACAAAACACUUUUCAUGCCAUAGCUAGAUGAUGUCAUUUUACCUUUUAUAUCAUGAAGGCCUUAACUAACUCUCACCAAGCACAUGAGAUAUGUGGCUUCUUAGCUCUGUGGAUUUAAUAAAUUGUUUUAUUACUUAUUAUGGGGGGGGGGGGCACUCUAAUAGAAGGAGAUUAUGAUUGUUAUGACUGAAUCUAUUGUAAUGGAUGUAGCACACAACAGUUAUGUAGCAGGUUACAAAUAAACUUCCCCAACUCCAGCCUGGGAUGUGUUGUUUCCAUGUAGACUUGGUUUGUAGUCAGAUUUGAUGUGAGACUCUUGCAGUAUUAUUUUUAUUAAACCAAAG